UCUUCCUCACAUGCUCUGUCUGUGAGGUUCGCACCUGCCUCGCUACUAGUAUCAGCAAGGUGGUACAUUUUGUAGAAAACAUUUUCAUUCUUGGAGCUCUACAACCAGAACAGUUAAAACAGGACCAGACAUUUUCAGUGGAAUCUUCCAUUCAGUAAUGGGCACGAUUUCUGAAGACAUCAGAAGACUUCUAGAAGAUUGUGAACUGUUUGUCUCAAGCAUUCUACAGGAUGAGAACCUGAGUAGGCAUGCUCGUGAAACAAGGGACAUACUUCUGAACAACUUUCGAGUUGUUCACAAUAAAAAUCCACAGGAAUUUCCCUACAGAUCUGAGUUUAGGAACGAGGACAGUUCAGACGACAACCGCAGCUCUAGCCUGGGGCGGUCUGCACAUUCUGAUGACCUGUCUGUUGCUUCGGACUACCAAGAGGAUGCUGCGCCUGAAUAUUUUGGAGAGAUUCCCACCGUUGCAGUACAAGACCUGAGUAACAUCCUUAAGCAAGGCUAUCUGGAAAAGAAAAGGCGUGAUCAUAGUUUUUUUAGUAUGGAGUGGCAAAAGAGAUGGUGUGUCCUGAACAAUACUAUAUUCUACUACUUCGGGAGUGAAAAAGACAAGCAGCAGAAAGACUCUUUUUAUAUCAAUGGCUACAGUGCAGAGCUGGUGCCCAACUUGCGCAAAGACUCCAAGAAAAACUGCUGUUUCGAGAUAACUGCUCCUAGAAGACGUUCUUUCCAGUUCACUGCCAGCAGCCCUCAUGAGGCCAGGGAAUGGGUGGACCAGAUCAAUUUUGUCUUAAAGGACCUCAGCUCCAACUUCAUUCCCUUUGAGGAUGAGGAGGAAGUGGAGGGGGAGGAAGAAGAGACAUACGAUGAUAUCGAGAGAGCCACCACUCCACCCCUGCGCCCUGGCCCAGCCUCUGCAGAUGCCCCGACACCUGCCCUUAGUGGUCAAGAGAAGAGGAAAACCAGAAUAGUAGCUGCUGCAGAGGAAGAGGUGGAGGAGGAAGAGGACAUUUAUGAAGUACUGCCAGAGGAUGACUUCUCGGACCACUCUGAGGAGGGCAGUGAGAGGAGCCAAAAACCAGAAUCAUCGUCCCACUAUGCCAAUUACUACCAAGGUCUGUGGGACUGUGAAGCAGAGGGGCCUGAUGAACUCAGCUUUCGUAGAGGAGACCUCAUCUACAUUCUAAGCAAGGAGUAUAACAUCUAUGGCUGGUGGGUCGGAGAGCUGGAGGGCACAGUUGGCAUCGUUCCCAAAGAGUUCUUACACCCUGCAUACAUUAUUUGAGCCAUUAAAAAUAUAUAACGCAGAUUUUACAGUAAUUUAUCCUACCAAAGCCAGAGACCGACACUGGUCAAUCUUUAGGCAUCUUAACACCAAAUUCAGGACAAAGAUUUAUGACUGUUGUUUCUUGUCAUAUUACAUCACAACAAUUUCAAUACAUUUGCAGGCUAUUUAACAUAUGUUAUGCUACAUAUACAGCUAGCAAUAAAUUGAAGAUGUAUUAUAUUUUUCUGUGCUGGUUUGUAAUGAAAACCUCUAAGUUACUACACAGUAGCAAAUGCGGUAGUCAAAGUUCUCCCAGUAAUGACAUCUGAUUACUAAAUUACAAGUACAAUGACUAAUGCAUUGUAUUUAUCCCACUAUUUCAAGUUUUCUAAUAGGUUUUAUUUUAAGGUUUGUUUAUGGUGGGUAGUAUGAAAUUGCCGCCUGGUCCCGCUAAUUUGAGACAAUUUGCAAAUGUCUUUGAGUCAUUUUGUAAAAAUCAGUUUUAAAAUUUUCUUCACCAAUUAUAGAAAACCUUUUUUAUACUGGCUUAUAUGUGUAUUUACUUAACUAUAGCUUACCUGUACUUACGACUUAAAAAAAAAGGGAUAGUACUAGAUUAUAGAAUUAUUUCUAAAAUAAUUAAUAAUGAAUUUCAGGAAGGAAGAAAGUGCUCGUUACCCGAAGCCAAAUAGGUUUUUGGGAAAUAGCUUGUAGUGGUGGCAACCUGCUGAGAUGUGGGCCAUCUGCUGGUGAGCAGUGGAAGUGCCCCAUCCUUUGCUCCGUAAGAGGGAAUGGUUCAGUAAAAAGAAAGGCAUUAGUCCAAGCUUGUAUCAAUGCCUGCGUGUAGAAUAUUAAUACAUCUUAAUUGUUUCUAAGAGUGUAAUAGUGUAUCUGAAUCUAUUUGCAAUAUUCAUAUUCAAUUACUUAAAUAAAGAAAUGUAAAGGACAAAGCUGAAGUUGCUUUCGCAUUCUAAUGGGUCUCACCAUUACAGAUGUUUAUCUUAAAACACACACAUUUCCAAAAGAAUGAAUUCAAGUCUGAAUAAAAAUGAAUAAAACGGGCUGCAUAACAGAAGCAGAGUGUGAAUUCAUUACAUCACCAUACUGAAAAAAAAAAAAGUUUUAUUCAGCAAAAUUCAUCACCCUUAAAACAAACUGGACAAAAAAAAGCCAUUUGGAGCUUUGGGAAUUUUGGAGGUUUUUCAAUUAA